UAGACGUAAUGGAAUGUCCCCACUGCCAUGCGUACAGGUAGGGCCGACGCUUGCCAUUUUAGUGCCCCACGUUUUUUUUCGCCCGGCACCUGCAGUGGACGGUACUAACUAAGCCAUGACGAUCUGCAGCUUCUAAAAAGUUACUCCAAACCUUACGUCUCAAAGAAACUUUCCCUUUUAAUCCUUUUCUUACCAUACCUCCAAUUAGGAUAGGAACACCAUCGCCUAUUCAUCCUUUCAUCCCAUCUUACCCCGCAAUGGCGACGGCCCGUAUCCCGGCCUUGCGCAGCCUUCUAGGACGACGGCAAACCCCCUCACUCUUCCGCCCACCGAAUCAACAGCGUCGCUGGGCUCAGGUCCACGAUGUGCGAUUCCUAGCUACGACACAGGCCUCCCGCAGCGUAAUCGAGAAUUACCGCGACAAGCUCGACCGCAAAGCACGCGAGGAAGGACAUCGGGAUAUCGGCGAGUUGAAGGAAGCAUACCGGGACCGCAUACAAGAGCUCAAGAAAAAAGACAGUGCUUCGGCACCUGGGUUAGACGCCUUGCUUUCUGACGAGCCUGUACCACCACCACAAUCAACAGUAGCAAGUUCAACACCGACAACUCAAGACGGACUAUCCCAACCACCACCACCCCCUCCACAACCGCAGACUCCCUCAUCAACCAUCGGCCCCGGCAAAACAACAUCAACCAUAAAACCCCUCUCCGAAAUCCUCGACCUCCCCAAAGCCCGCGCGCUCCCCGAAAAAGAACUCUCCGCCAUCUGGCGCCUCCGACACGCAUCCUCCCCCUUAUCCCUCUGCGCCGUGAUUCCCUCCUCAACCUACCAAACCCUAGAAACAACCGCGCGUUGCCACCCCUCCUUCGUCCUACCAGUGCCCCGCCACGAUUCCGAGGGUAACGGCGGAGCCGAGAUUCAUUUCUUACAAUGGGUCUUCGAUGCUGAAUCGCAGACGUCUACUGUGCUGUUUACGCAGUUAGCUGAGUAUAAGGCACGGGGUGAGUGGGCGCAACCGCAUACCAGUGUGACGCAUUACUGGGACGGGGGGUUGGCGGAGAAGCCCGGCGUGGUGCUUAUGGCCGGGAGUGUGGUUGAAGGGCGCGGGGCUAGUGUGCAGGAUGCUAGAUGGCUUGUUAUGCUGUUACAACGGUUUUACGGUGGUGAAGGGGCGGGAGGGUCAGAUGUUGAUGCGGGUAAGAGGAGGUUGUUAGAAGAGUUUGGACGGGGCGACGGGAAGUUUAGUGUCGAGAAACUCUUGGAGGAGAGUGAGAAGUUGGGUUAAGAAUGAUGGAUGGAUGAUACAUGAGACAUGAAAAUCUAGACGGCGGGAUACCCCAAGCCUCAAGGGGAUGGAUUCGAAGCCGGAUCUACUACAAAACUGCAUGCCCAACAGCGGCCUAUACACCGGUGUUUGAUGGUAUGUCCACGGGUUUAAAGCCGAUUCAAUGGCUAUCUCAACUCACGGGUAGAGUAGAAUGAGGCCAUUUAGAUGUAUAAAUAUUUGUAUAAAUA